GGGCAAGAGCGGAGUGUGCCCAUGAUCAAAAACAUCCAACCUCCGAGCACAACAACACAAAAAAAAACUGGUUGGCUAACCCUGUGCUCAAGCAAAAAAAGCCGAUCAACUUUUUUGACUCUCUUCUUUUCUUAUUCUUUCUCCUCAUCUCAUUCUGCUUAGUACCCUUAAUAUCAAACGUAUCAUGACCGACUUCACCCUUGUGGCUCCUGAACCUCUCCGUUUUUCCAACUCUCAACCUGAAUCGCUUCACUAUGCUGUAACAUGUUCACUUGGAGAUGAUGACCAGAGUUACACAUCUUCGUCAUGGUCCGUACUGAGCGAUUUUGAGGAACCAGCAGGGUCGAACGAUUCUUCUGAGACAUCCGCCUAUACCGAGUUCCAAGAGAUUAUCAACUCUUCUCGGUGUGCUCAUCGAGACAGCUAUCAAGGGAAUCUUGGACUCAUCACUAAGCUAGUUCAGACCCUUCGCGAGCAUGUCCCAGCCUCACCCGUUCCUCGAAGUCACAAUCCACUGCCCAACAAUGCCACUUUCGCCACCUUAGCGGCUGCUCACUCCAAGCGUGCUAGCUCUUGCACACCCUCUGUGCUGACUUCCGCGUUGGAAGGCUACCCCGUUGGCAAGGCUUUCUAAAUUCUUGAUCACCACUUGUGUAUAGCGACAACAUGAGAAGGCAUACUACUUAAUCUUUCCGCCAUUCCCUUCCAUUUGAUCAGUUCCGAGAAAAAGCAAGCCAUGUACAUAACCUACUCUUUCUUCUAUAUAUCAAAUUUUUCACGCAAUACCCAUUCGUGUUCACAUUUAUCGACACACCGAGAUCCCCUACGCUAUCAUUGGGAGCAGUCUUUUUAUUCUCUCUCUGUACAUUCUCUCUUUUAACAUUAUUCGACGUUUGAUCGCGCCUUCUUUAGAGACUCUUAAAUUUUUUCUUAUGUACGUAGCAAACACCACAAUACACAGCU